GACUAUAGCUGGCCUUCAGCACCACUGAGAUGGCCUUGGCCCUGAACCGCUACCUCUGCUCGGCUGUCCUGCCUCUGCUCACCAAGUGUGCCCCGCUGUAUGCUGGGACGGACCACCGUGCCAUCAUGAUCGACUCCAUGCUGCACACCAUCUACCGGCUGUCCCGCGGCCGAGCCCUCACCAAGGCUCAGAGGGACGUCAUCGAGGAGUGCCUCGUGUCGCUCUGCAAGUACCUCCGGCCCUCCAUGCUGCAGCACCUGCUCAGACGGCUGGUGUUUGAUGUUCCCAUCCUCAACGAAUACGCCAAGAUGCCUCUUAAGCUGUUGACCAAUCACUACGAGCGCUGUUGGAGGUACUACUGCCUGCCUAACGGAUGGGCUAACUUCGGGGUGACCUCAGAGGAGGAGCUGCAUCUUACUCGUAAACUCUUCUGGGGAAUCUUUGAGUCUUUGGCACACAAGAAAUAUGACGCAGAGCUCUUCAAGAUCGCCAUGCCGUGCCUCUGUGCCAUAGCUGGAGCCAUCCCUCCGGACUACGUGGACGCCACCUUCUCCUCCGCCACUGAGAAGAAGGCCUCUGUGGACGCUGAGGGAAACUUUGAUCCAAAGCCAGUGGAGACCACCAACACCAUCAUACCCGAGAGGCUGGACGCCUUCAUCAACAAGUACGCAGAGCACACUCAUGACAGAUGGGCCUUUGAAAAGAUUCAGAACAACUGGACCUAUGGAGAGGUGUUGGAUGAGAAUUCUAAGACCCACCCGAUGCUCCGACCUUACAAAACGUUCUCUGAAAAG